AUGGCGGAUUUGGAAUUUUAUCAAGAUGAUUCGGAUGACAGCGCCGAAGAUGGUGACUAUGGCUUUGGUGGUGGAUUGCGUGAAGCCGAGGACCUCACUCGGCUGCAGCGGCUGGAGAAAUACCUGGACAGCGAUAACAUUUUCAACAGACAAAUGCUGGCACGAAGCUUGCUGGAGACCCUGAGAUCUGUGUAUGAGAGCAAUGACAACUGUCUUGCUGUACUGGAUGCCAUGAUGAAACUGUCAGAGGACCCAGAACCCUCUGUUCGCUCAGAGCUGAUGGAGCAGGUGCCUCAUAUAGCUGUUUACUGUCAAGAGAACCGCCAUGCCUUUGCUGAUGCAGUGCCUAAGUACCUCCUGCCCAUGGUGGUCAGAUACCUCAGUGACUCCAACAGUCAGGUGAGAAAAACCAGCCAAGCUGCACUGUUGGUUCUCCUUGAACAAGAUCUGGUGGAGAAGUCUGACAUUGAGGACCAGGUGGUGCAUGUCAUCUUGGAGUUAGCUGCCCCGGAGAGUCUUGACGAUUACCGCUCGGAGGCAGCAGCAUUAAUGAGCAAGAUGGCUCUGCUGUUGGGGAAGGACAUCACAGAGAGGCUACUGCUGCCCAGGUUUAGUGAGCUGUGCACAGAUAACCUGUUUCAUGUCCGCAAAGUGUGUGCAGCAAAUUUUGGUGAGGUUGCGAGUGUGGUUGGAGUCAAGAACUGUGAAGAGGUUUUGCUGCCCAAAUUUUUCUACUUGUGUGGUGAUGGUGUCUGGGGGGUCCGCAAGGCCUGUGCUGAGUGUUUCAUGACUGUGUCUUGUGCUUGCUCCCUGGAGACUCGGAAGCUGGAGCUGGCAAACCUGUUUGUGAAUCUUCUGUGUGAUCAGUCCAGAUGGGUACGGAUGUCAGCGUUCCAACAGCUGGGGCCCUUUAUCUCUACAUUUGCUGACGCAGAUCGGACUGGUCUCUUUGUCAAUGAAGAUGGCAGUCUCAGCUUUCGCAGUAUCGACAGGUGGUUCCCCUCCGAGUCUGACACUGACGACACAACAGCUCUUGCUAGUGGUAAAGGUGACGCCGACAUCAGCAACAACAGCCACCGACAAGAUGAAGAUAUGGUACUGGAAGACAGUGGCGGAGACGAGGAUGGGGGCGGGUCCCAGGGCAGUGGAAGACUUGUGUUUGACCUGGAUGAUAAAUCGUGUGAAGAACUGCGCUCCGAGUCCGUCGGGGUGCACACUGGUGGUAUAUCAGGGACCUCAGUAUUAGAAUGUUGUCAACAGCUUUUAGAUGCCGCCGGUGUACAGAACGUCAUCAACGCUCAAGAGUCUUCCUGUUUCUGUGAUAUUUGCAGCAAUUUUUCAGAUAAACAACAACAACAACCUGUGUCGUAUUCAGAACCAGACAUUCAAAAUUCGAGUGAUGAGGGCUGUGCAUUGUGUGGUCUGGACAGAGAUAACGAUGUGGGGUGUGGAGAUGACGAUGUGGGCAGUGGAGAUGGGGAAGUAGAGAGUGCCACAGUUGGAGAAAGUGAGGAUAGAGGGGUAGAAAGUGCUUCCACUGCAGGCAGUGGAGACACGUUUGUAGAGGUCAAGAGCUCUAGGCUUUCUCUGGACGUCCGGGACCAGCCUGAUUCCAACAGUGUUUUCGAUGGGUCAAAAUCCACUAGUGACGGUGUCCUCUGGCCACCAUCAAGUUAUGAUGCUACCUCCGGGGUCGUGCACGUGCAUUUGGAUAACAAUUUUAACACAUUUCAAUACUGGAGGUCGCCACUUCCUGAAGUAAACAUAGACUUCGAUAUCAUUAACGGCCAGCCAACCAACAUCCAUGUAGUUGCCAAGGUCAAGGACGACGAGUCCAAAAAAGUAUAUGCAUCUGAAAUGAGCGUCAGCAUUUCUGGAUCUUCAGGUAAUGUCGAGUCGGUCACAGACACCUUGUCCAGGUUUUCAUUUGGAGAUUCUGUGUCGUUAUCACCGUCAUCUUUAGUGACCACAGAAGUGGAGAAAUCAGGUGUUCGUAUUCAUACUGCCAGCGUUAGCACGGUCAGUGAUGUUGCAGACGAGACAGUAUCAAAUAUCGGCAGCACACAUGUUCUGGGACAGCAUCUCGGGGAGCAGCAUUUGGCCAUUGUUGAUGGCAUAGUUCAAGACUUGAGUACCAGCAACAUCAGUUUCAUGGACGAGAUGCCUUCAAUGUUUGGACUGGAUGGCGCCACCCUGGCUCAGCAACAGAACAUUGUGCCACAGUUGCUGCUGGAGAACUAUCUGGGGAUGGUGGAUCCUUCACGAGCCCAGACUGUCGACGGGGAAAUCACCAAACAUUGUGCCUACAACCUGCCGGCUGUGGCCUACACACUGGGCAGGCAGAACUGGCACUGCAUCAGGAACUUGUACGAGACACUGGCCCAGGACAUGCAGUGGAAGGUCCGUCGCACUUUGGCUUUCUCCAUGCACGAGCUGGCCAUGAUUGUCGGGGAGGAAAUCACGCACAAAGACCUGGUUCCUGUUUUUGAUGGAUUCCUGAAAGACUUGGACGAGGUCCGGAUUGGAGUGUUAAAACAUUUAGCUGACAUUUUUCGAUUACUGCGGCCGGAAGUCAGACUCCAGUACCUGGCCAGGACCCACGUGUUUAUGAAAGCUGACAAUCAGCGCAAUUGGAGGUUCAGGGAGGAAUUAGCUGAGCAGCUGAUUGUGGUCUGUGAUCUGUUCCACUGCCUGGACGUGGUGACACACAUAGUUCCACUGGCUAUGAUGUUGCUCUCUGACAAGGUGGCCCAAGUUCGAUUCGUGGCCUUGAGACUGUUAAGUGCUGUGUUAAGAAAGACCUACCUCGAUGAAGAAAAGAAGCUGCUGGCCUCGGUCUGUAACAACAUCAUCGAGCAGUUGGUCAACAACAACCGCUGGCUGUCCAGACAGAC